CUGUGCUAGCCGCGCCAUUCCCACCACAGCGUGUGUUUCUCUCUCCUCCAAAGCUGCAGCGAUCGUAGUUACAGCACAGAUUCUCCCCCUUUUCCAUAUUAAUUUUUAGAUAUAUCCAGCUAUGGAUAUAGACAGUGCCAGUUCAGUGGUACUGCAGGCCUUAACCCAAGCUACCAGUCAGGACACGGCUGUGCUGAAACCUGCGGAGGAGCAGCUCCGACAAUGGGAGACCCAGCCAGGCUUCUACUCAGUCCUUCUGAAUAUCUUCAAUAACCACAUGCUGGCUGUGAAUGUGAGGUGGCUGGCUGUGUUGUACUUCAAAAAUGGCAUUGACAGAUACUGGAGGAGAGUUGCACCUCACGCCUUAUCAGAGGAGGAGAAGACAUCAUUGCGUGCCGGUCUCAUCACAAACUUCAAUGAGCCUGUCAAUCAGAUAGCAACCCAGAUCGCAGUACUGAUAGCCAAGGUGGCCCGUCUGGACUGCCCGAGGCAGUGGCCGGAGCUCAUUCCCAUUCUGCUAGAGUCUGUGAAGGGCCAGGAUGGCCUGCAGCAGCACAGAGCGCUGCUAACCUUCUAUCAUGUCACCAAAACCCUUGCAUCCAAACGCCUGGCGCAGGACAGACGUCUUUUCCAGGAUCUGGCAUCAGGCAUCUACAGCUUUGCAUGUUCCCUGUGGAGCCAUCACACCGACUGCUUCCUCCAGCAAAUCUAUGCCAGAGAUGAGGCUGCAGCGCUCGGCUCGCUGGAGAGAACACUGCUUUCUCUCAAAGUUCUUCGCAAAUUGACAGUUCAUGGAUUUCAAGAGCCACAGCAGAAUAUGGAAGUCAUGGGUUUCCUGAAUGCCGUGUUUGAAAGACUAAAACAGUUCUUAGAAUGCUGCCGUCAGGUUGGGUCAGAGAGCACAUGCAGAGAAAAACUGGAAAAGACAAUCAUAUUGUACACUAAAGUUUUAUUAGAUUUCCUCGAGUACCAUCCAUGUGCAUUUAUACCAUUAAUCCAGCGCUCCCUGGAAUUUGCAGUCAGCUACGUGUUCACCCCUGCAGGAGAGGGAGUGACCUUUGAACGCUUCAUUGUUCAGUGCAUGAACCUGAUCAAGAUGAUUGUGAAAAAUGAUGCCUACAAGCCCAACAAGAAUAUUGAGGAGAGUAAACCAGAGAGUCUGGAGGCUCAUAAGAUCAAGACGGCUUUCUUCACCCACCCCACCUUGACGGAGAUCGGGCGCCGGCUUGUCUCUCACUACUUCCUUCUAACAGAGGAAGAGCUCACCAUGUGGGAGGAAGACCCCGAGAGCUUUGCUGUUGAAGAAACUGGUGGUGACUCUUGGAAAUACAGUCUACGGCCUUGUACGGAGGUGCUUUUCCUGGACAUCUUCCACAACUACAGCCAGACGCUGACACCGGUGCUGCUGGAAAUGGUCCAGAAUCUGCAGGGUCCAACUAAUGUGGAGGACCCUGUUCAGUUGCUGAUGAAGGAUGCAGUAUACAAUGCUGUGGGACUGGCAGCAUAUGAACUGUUUGACAACGUGGACUUUGACCAGUGGUUCAAGAAUCAGCUUCUAGGAGAGCUGCAAGUCAGCCAUCACAGGUACAAAUUGAUACGCAGACGAGUCAUCUGGUUAAUAGGACAAUGGAUCUCUGUCAAGUUCAAAUCUGUCCUUCGACCUUUACUCUACGAGGUCAUCCUGAGCCUCAUGCAGGAUCCCGACCUGGUGGUGCGGAUUGAGACGGCUACAACCCUUAAACUGACUGUUGAUGACUUUGAGUUCCGGACAGAACAAUUCACCCCAUAUCUGGAGUCCAUUUUUGGACUGCUCUUCCAGCUGUUGCAGCAGGUGACGGAGUGUGACACUAAAAUGCAGGUUCUCCAUGUCAUCUCCUGCGUUAUUGAGAGGGUAAACAUCCAGAUCCGGCCAUAUGUUGGCUGUCUGGUUCAAUACCUGCCCCUCCUCUGGAAGCAGUCUGAAGAACACAACAUGCUUCGAUGCGCCAUACUCACCACUCUCGUCCAUCUCGUCCAGGGCCUCGGGGCAGAGAGCAAGAACUUGUACCCCUUCCUUCUGCCUGUCAUCCAGCUGAGCACUGAUGUUUCUCAACCGCCUCAUGUCUACCUGCUGGAGGACGGACUGGAGCUUUGGUUGGUGACACUGGAAAACAGCCCCGCCAUCACCCCAGAGCUGCUCAGAAUCUUUCAGAACAUGUCAGCUUUGCUGGAGUUGAGCUCAGAGAAUCUCCGUACGUGCUUUCAGAUCGUGAAUGCCUACCUAUAUUUAUCUGCCACAGAGUUCCUGCAGAACUAUGGAGAAUCAUUGUGUCAGUCCUUUUGCGACCUUCUGAAGGACAUAACAAAUGAAGGACAGGUUCAGGUGCUCAAGGUGGUGGAAAAUGUUUUAAAGGUUAGCCCCAUACUGGGAGCCCACAUGUUCCAGUCCCUGCUGCCAGCUGUCUUCAGAGGUAUAGUGAAUGGUGAGAGAUAUCCUGUGGUGAUGUCCACCUACCUUGGCCUUGUGGGUCGUGUCCUCCUCCAGAACUCCAGCUUCUUUUCCUCUCUACUUACACAAAUGGCUUCUGAAUGCAACCAGGAGGUGGAUCAGUUGUUGGGCAGUGUGAUCGAGAUGUGGGUGGACCGCAUGGACAACAUCACUCAGCCUGAGAGGAGAAAGCUGUCGUCUCUGGCUCUGGUGUCUCUGCUGCCGUCUGACAACAGUGUGAUCCAAGACAAGUUCUGUGGCAUCAUCAACAUCUGCGUCGAGGCUCUGCAUGAUGUGAUGACUGAGGAUACAGAAACAGCCACGUUCAAGGACUGCAUGCUGAUGAGUCAUUUUGAAGAACCCAAGCUAAGCGACGAUGAGGAGCCACCAACCGAGCAAGAUAAGAGGAAGAAGCUUCUGGCUCUGGAGGACCCGGUGCACAGCGUUUCUCUCCAGGAGUUCGUCUAUGAAAAACUGAAGGCGCAGCAAGCCCUGAUGGGCGAUCAGGGCUUUGGUGUCUUGAUGGAAACGGUUGACAGGGAGCUCGUCAGGCAGCUCCAGGAGUUCCUCCAAGGCCUCUGAAAGACUUCAGUCCUUCAUUAACUGACACAAACAUGUUUGCCUAACGCCACCCUCUCCCGCCAUUUACUACAGUAAGAUGAGAAGCGAUCUGCCCGAGAAGCAAUCUGCCCGAUGUUCCCGAUCUCUACUCAUGCUAUGCCUUAUCUAUAUCAUACCUGGCCUCGUCAGCAGCCCUUAGCUAUCACCCUUUGUUCCUCUCUUACGGUUUCCCCCAAAUCUUUUUUUUUUAAUGAAGAUGGCGUUUCUGUGGGUUCUUGAAAGAAUGUUAACACCCACAUGAAAGCAACACCACACUAGAGCUUCAACGCAUCUUUUCUAGUCUCUUCACUUUCUAUGGUUUUGAUGGGAAAUGGGUGGAAAAAUUCAAGGAUUGGUGUGAAUAUUGGGACAGUCGUGGAGUUCGAGAGAAUUACCUGCAGGAGCCGCGGACUAUUUUCUACGGAAAAAAAUAAAAUCAUACAGAUUGUAGCAGAAACGUGGACAAACCAAACCCGAAGGACCUAAAGCAGUGUUUACAGAAUAUAUUCUUAAAAAAAGAAAUGUAAUUUUGUAUGUAUGUAAAGUAUGGAUGAUGAUCCGCAUGAUGAUAUUUUGAUUUUACUUUGUUUUUACUUAGUUUUCUUUCAGUUCUCUCCUUUUUUGUUGAUUUGUCAUAAUAGAGGUCAGGUUGAAGUAACUACUGAGUGUGUUUGUCUUUCUACUUAAGUUUAGCUGGAGGGGUUUUGUUUUGUUUUUCCUUUUUCUUGCCUCAAAAUGCAAGAUUUUUAAAUGGCAAAGAGUGCUGAACCACAAUUUUGUGUAUAUACAUAUAUAUAUAUAUAUACUGCUGCUAAUGAUGACGAUGUGUCGGAGCACUUUAACAACUUAACACUUUCACAUUUCUUUUUCAUCUUCUCGCAUUAGUAAACUUCAGCUCACGUCAUGGGCUUUGGAGCAGAACAACAGGACUGAAAUUCCAUAAAGA